UUGAAAGUAAAUUUUGAUUCAUUUUUGAAAUUUUUUUUUGUUUCGCGUCUUAUAGCACGAGACAAUUUGAAUCAAAAAAAAAAUAAACAACAUAUAUUUGAAUUUGAAUUUGUUUUCAAAAUCAACAACUUCUUGACAACCAAGCAUAUAUAGAUUAUUAUUAAUGAAUUAACAUUCACAUGCCAUCACAAUGUCGUCAUCAUCAUCAUCAAAAUGGUUCAUUGUUUCAUUUGUUGUUGGAUCUUGUUGUUUAAUCAAUACCAUAAAUGCUAAUCCAUAUGGUUAUGGUUACAGUGCUCCAACCAUAAAACAAACUGCUUUACAACUUGAAGCAAGUGUUGAAAUUGAAAAACCAGCUGGCCCACCAAAACCACCUGAUUAUGAAGGUGGACCAAGAAUUGAAUUAAAUGUUCCGAAACCAAUGUACGCACCAAUGCCAAUGUACCCACCAAAGCCAAUGUACGCACCAAAGCCAAUGUAUCCAAUGAAACCAAGUGGUUAUGGUCCGAAAAAAUAUGCUGCACCAAGCUAUUAUAAACUUCCUUCGACCGGUGUUCCCUAUUAUGAAACAACAACAAAAAAAGCUCCAUACAAAAGUUCUUCAAGUAAUAAAUUAAUGUAUGCCCCAAAUGGAAACAUUGCUGAAACUCAUUAUCAUGGAUCGUCGGAUUAUGAUCAACAACAAUAUUCAUAUCCACAAGAUUAUUAUGGUUAUAAUCAUGAUCAAUAUGAUCAUUCAGCCGAAUAUCAUCCAUAUUCAUCACCAAAUGAACGAGAAACUUACACACAAAGUGUCCAGGAACCACAACAACAUGUUAAUCAUCGAGUUAUUUAUCUACCUGCCGAUGCUGAUUCUGAAUCAGUAUAUCAAGCACCACCAGCACCAUCAACUGAUUACUCUGAAUAUUCAUCAUCUGGAAAAUUACCAGAAAGUUCUUCUGAACCAGUAUACGAUCCUCGAACAUCAAUGUAUCAUAAAAUUUCACAAAUUUCUUCUGAUACUAAUCGACCAAUAGGUAAAGAUCUUUCCGUUUCUCGACAUGAAAAUUAUGGCACUGUCAUUAAUAUUCCUGCUGCCUCGGAACACAUGAUGACAUUUAUGAAACCGGAUACUGAUGGAUACCAUAUGAUGGAAAGCCAUCGGUACAGCCAAUCUGCUGCCCCGGAAAUUGAACUGAUAUGAACAGCCAAGGAUAAAGCAACAACAAUCGAAAAAGUCGACCAGAACACCAUACGAAAUACAAAUUGGAACUAUGGCAGGAACGAAUAAUCUAUUGCAGAUGCCCAUUACAACUUUAUCCCUUGAUAACAUGAUGAUGAGCUAUCCAUCGAGUGUUGAACCAGAAUAUUUUAAAAACUAUCAAUUUCCAUUGGACUAUUUGAACGAUUCAUCAUCAUUCGAUACAAAUGAAGACGUUCAAUAUGUUUUAGUACCAAUCAAUAAUGAUCUAUUCAAUACUAAAGCCAAUUAUUAAUUCACAAUUGAUCAUUCUAUUGUAUUUUUUAUCUCAUCUUAUAUAUCAACAUAAUUUUCAUAUUUC